AAGUAAUUGAAGGUCCUGAGUCUCCUGACUAGAUCUUGUUUUUGCAGAUUUCAAGGCUGAUCUACACCAAUUCUGGUGUUGCCAUCUUGGCUUUAGCAUCAAAUGCAAUUCACCUGCUCUGGAAGUGGCCUCGUAAUGAACGUCAUUCAAGUGGAAAGGCAACAACAAGUGUUGCUCCCCAGUUGUGGCAACCACCAAGUGGAAUAUUGAUGACUAACGAGAUAACUGACACAAAUCCUGAAGAAGCAGUCCACUGCUUUGCACUUUCAAAGAAUGAUUCUUAUGUUAUGUCUGCAUCGGGAGGGAAAAUAUCCCUAUUCAACAUGAUGACAUUUAAGACUAUGACGACGUUCAUGUCACCUCCACCUGCAGCAACUGUUCUUGCAUUUCAUCCACAAGAUAACAAUAUAAUUGCCAUAGGAAUGGAAGACUCCACUAUUCAGAUAUAUAAUGUCCGAGUUGACGAGGUCAAGAGCAAACUCAGAGGCCACUCUAAGAGAAUUACUGGUCUUGCCUUCUCAAAUGUUUUGAAUGUGCUGGUCUCAUCCGGAGCUGAUGCUCAGCUUUGUGUGUUUGGAACUGAUGGAUGGGAGAAACAGAAAAGCAGAUUUCUGCAAAUUCCUUCCGGGCGUACUCCUCCAGCCAGUUCAGAUACACGUGUUCAGUUCCAUCAAGAUCAAAUACACUUCCUAGCUGUGCAUGAAACUCAGAUUGCUUUAUAUGAAACUACUAAAUUAGAAUGUGUGAAGCAGUGGUCUCCUCGUGAGGGAUCUGCCCCCAUUUCACAUGCAACAUUCUCAUGUGACAGUCAGUUGAUAUAUGCUACCUUCUUAGAUGCAACCAUAAGUAUAUUCAAUGCUGCCAAUCUCACUCUACGUUGUCGUGUCCUACCAGCUGCUUAUCUUGUUGGCAAUGCCAGCACUACUGUAUAUCCCCUCGUGGUCGCUGCACAUCCAUCAGAACCAAAUCAAUUUGCCGUAGGCAUGACUGACGGCGGUGUCUACGUAUUAGAGCCGCUAGAAUCAGAAGGAAAAUGGGGCGCCAAUCCACCUGCUGAGAAUGGGUCAGCAAGCAGUAUGUCCAUCACACCCCCUUCUGGAGCCUCUAACUCCGAUCAACCGCAGAGGUGAAGGAAGAUCGCAAGCACAGAACUUAACCCUUUUCCUCUAACUGAGUCUGCCUUCUUCCAUUGCAGUCAUGGAGUGUGUAGUUCCAAAGAGCUUUAGAGGGGUAGGUCUACAAGAAGAAAGCCAAGGGGGGUUUCUGCAACAGACUUCACUUUUAUAUGUUGUCUUAUUUGUAUGUAGGAAAGAAAUUUCCCUUGGUAGAAUUUCAUUAUGUUGCUUAUGUGAUGUGAGUUUUUUAUUUUUAUUUUUUAUUUUUAUUUUAAUAUGGUGUUAGAACCUGGUUAUGUGAUGCAUGUUUGACUUGCUAGUUACAACUGCUCCAUUCUUUAGUUGCUGCAGUUAAUCUGUCUGUUAAUCUAGAAUUAGUGGGAAAAGAACAGUCUAACAGUUAAUCAUAUUGUGUACUUGUGCCUCAAGUGGUUUGGAUUAAUGUGAUCUGAUUAUGGUGAUAAA